AUGGCGGGCAACUGGCCCGAGGCGCAGGUGCGCAAGACCUUUUUCGACUUUUUCGAGCAGAGGGGGCACACGCUGGUACCCUCCGGCUCCGUCGUCCCUCAUAAUGACCCGACCCUACUCUUCACCAAUGCGGGUAUGAACCAGUUCAAGCCCAUCUUCCUCGGCACCGUCAACAAGUCCGACCCCAUGAGCAACCUCAAGCGCGCCGUCGACACCCAAAAGGUCAUCCGCGCUGGUGGCAAACACAACGAUCUCGACGAUGUCGGCAAGGACAGCUACCACCACACCUUUUUCGAGAUGCUUGGCAACUGGUCAUUCGGCGACUACUUCAAGAAGGAUGCUAUUGAGAUGGCGUGGGAGCUCUUGACCAAGGUCUACGGCCUUGAUCCUACACGCCUCUACGUCACAUACUUUGAAGGCAACCCGGCUCUCAGCCUCGAGCCCGAUCUGGAGGCCAAGGACUUUUGGCUCAAGACUGGUGUGCCUGAGGAUCACAUCAUUCCUGGAAACAUGAAGGACAACUUCUGGGAGAUGGGUGACCAGGGUCCCUGCGGUCCUUGUUCCGAGGUCCACUACGACAAGAUCGGAGGACGCAACGCCGCCAGCCUCGUCAAUAUGGACGACCCCAUGGUUGUCGAGAUCUGGAACCUCGUUUUCAUGCAGUUCGACCGACAAAAGGACGGCAGCCUCAAGCCCCUGCCUGCCAAGCACAUCGACACCGGCAUGGGCUUCGAGCGUUUGGUCUCUGCCCUCCAGGAUACCGCCUCCAACUACGCCACCGAUGUCUUUACUCCCCUGUUCAAGAAGAUUGAGGAGGUCACUGCCGCGAGACCCUACACCGACAAGUACGGCCAGGACGAUGUCGAUGGCAUUGAUACCGCCUACCGAGUUGUCGCAGACCACAUCCGAACCAUGUCGUUCGCCAUCACGGACGGUGCCGUGCCCAACAACGACGGCCGCGGCUAUGUCAUUCGACGAAUCCUCCGACGUGGUGUCCGAUAUGCCCGCAAGUACCUGAAUGCCGAGAUUGGCUCAUUCUUCUCCAAGAUUCUGCCUGCCCUGGUUGAACAGAUGGGAGAGCAGUUCCCCGACCUCGCCAAGAAGCAGGGAGACAUCAAGGAGAUCCUCGACGAGGAGGAGGAGGCCUUCUCCCGAACUCUGGACCGUGGUGAGGCCCAGUUUGAGAGAUAUGCCGCCAAGGCCGCCAAGGACGGCGUCAAGAAGCUGGAUGGAGAUGUCGUCUGGAGACUCUACGACACCUUUGGCUUCCCUGUCGACUUGACCAAGCUGAUGGCUGAGGAGCGAAGUCUGGACAUUGAUGAGGACGAAGUUGCCGUUGCCCGUGAAAAGGCUAGAGAGGCUAGCAAAGCUGUCAAGGAUUCAGUACAGACAUUUGCCAAGCUUGAUGUUCACAAGAUUGCCGAGCUCGACUCAGAGCUCAAGGUCGCAAGGACAAACGACGACGCCAAGUAUCUCAGGGGCGACAGCAAGGGCAGGGUUCAGUACAUCUUUGAUGGCCAGGCUUUCGUCAAGUCGACCAAGGAUAUCCCCGCCAACACCGCCAUUGGCGUCUUGCUCGACAAGACCAACUUUUACGCAGAGUCCGGUGGUCAGAUUGCCGACACCGGCCGCAUCGUCAUUGAUGAUGUCGUCGAGUUCAAGGUCAUGGAUGUCCAAGACUUUGGUGGAUACGUCCUCCACAGCGGCUACAUUGAGUACGGAGUGCUUUCUGCCGACGAUGAAGUCAUUUGCGAGUACGAUGAGCUUCGCCGCUCGCCUAUCCGCAACAACCACACCGGCACACAUAUUCUCAACCACUCCCUGAGAGAGGUGCUCGGUGAAGACGUCAACCAGAAGGGUUCCCUGGUGGACAAUGACAAGCUGCGUUUUGACUUUUCACACAAGACUCAGGUCAAGCUCGACGAGCUGAAGAAGAUUGAGGAGCUCUCCAACAAGUACAUCCGCGCCAACUCCAAGAUUUUCUCCAAGGAGGUGGAUCUCGACCUUGCGCUCAAGAUUGAGGGCCUUCGUGCCGUCUUUGGCGAGACUUACCCCAACCCCGUGCGAGUGGUUUCCAUCGGCAAGGAUGUCGAUACCCUGAUUGCGGACCCCAAGAAUGCCGAAUGGAGAAAAUACAGUGUUGAGUUCUGCGGUGGCACCCACGUCGACCAGACCGGCUUGAUCAAGGACCUCAUCAUUGUCGAGGAGAGCGGCAUCGCAAAGGGUAUUCGUCGUAUCAUCGCAUACACCGGCGAGGCCGCCCACCAAGUCCAGCGCGAGGCCAAGCUGUUUGAGCAGAAGCUGGUUGACCUUGAAGCCCUCCCCUUUGGCCCCGAGAAGGAGGCCCAGGUCAAGGCCGUCUCACAGGACCUUAGCCAGCUGGUCAUCUCAACACUCACCAAGGACGAGUUCAACCAGCGUUUCCAGAAGACUGCCAACGCUGUCGUUGCCGAGCAGAAGAAGAAGCAAAAGGCCGAGUCCAAGACGGCCGUCGACACCGUUGCCAAGCACUUUGAGGCUAACAAGGAGAGCCAAUGGUUCGUGGGCCGACUCCCCAUCAGCGCCAACGCCAAGGCCGUGGGCGAGGUCAUCAAGCACUAUCAGUCCAAGGACAAGACAAAGUCCGUCUACUUGUUUGUCGGCAGCCCAGAGGAGGGCGCUGUUGCCCACGGAGUUUACGUCGGAACUCAUUUGUCCUCACAAGGUGUUACUGCUGAGCACUGGGCUGCCUCCGUGUCCGAUGUCAUUGGUGGUCGCUCGGGUGGCAAGGAGCCGUCCCGCCAGGGCCAAGGAACUCAGCCGGAGAAGAUUGACGACGCUGUCGAGACUGCUCGGAAAUGGCUGAGCGAGAAGCUGAAACUGUAA